UGUCCCACAUAAUAACUAGGGGACGAGGAUAUCAGUUCUGACGUCUUCUUGAAACACAAGGUUUUCAGUGAGUGCCAUUUUAGUUGCGCACUAAACUCUCUUGCUUGAGGUUUUUAGGACUACUGCUUUCAGGUUAUGAUCGCAAAAUACCAAACCCUCUGGUGACGCUUUCAACACGUGGUGCCAUCUGUUGCAGGGCUAAUAAUAAAUAUGUUUUUCUAUGGAAAUACCCUCUAUACGCUUUUGCACAUUGUGUUAACAGUGACUACAGCCAGGGUGACUUUUGAUGAAAUAAGUCGUUUGGGGCCCUCGUGCUUAAAUUCGUGCCUUAUUUAUAACUCUAGGGAUUCGAAUAAUUCCCUCACCUCAGAAAGUUGUAAUUGUGAUAAUAAAUGUGCUGAAUAUAGAGACUGUUGUCUUGACGCUGAGACCCUUAACCAACAACCCCAAGAUAGUCCGUGGCAUUGUAUUUCUAUAGAUGAAGGUACUGGAGUGUUUCUGAAAGCUACAUGUAAGCCUCAAUGGCGAGGUGAUCAAAUGAUUCACAACAGUUGUGAAAACACUACUUCAGAUGUCCACUAUGAUCCGAUGAGACAACUUCCAGUCACUAACCCUAACACAGGAGUGUCGUAUCGAAACUACCAUUGUGCUAUCUGUAAUGAUGACACCAGUUAUGAUAUGGUGUUAUGGAAACUGCUGUUAAAAUGUCCAUAUCUACACUUGUAUAAUAUAACUCGACAAAACCUAACUGAAAAAUACAUACGCGACAAUUUAGAGUACUACGAUUCUCAGUGGGGCAUCUGGUUAGAUGGAGAUGAUGAAAACUUGCACUUUUAUGGUUGUUCUAUUAAACUUGUUGUGCCUGAUGUCUUAAAAUCAAAUAUUAGAUCAUGCGUUCGUAAUCUGAUUUCCGAAUGUUCAUGGAACUGGAAUAUCUCAAAUGUCAGAGAAAAAUGCAGAUAUUACACGAGUGUAAUGUAUAGUCAAGAUAAAGCCUAUAGAAAUGUUCACUGCGCCCUCUGUAAUUAUGUGAAUACAUCUGAACUCUCUUGUUCCAAAACUGAGCAUGAAAUUGUCAUGUAUCGUAAUUUUUUUCCAAAUGCUUUUUCCAUGCUGCUUGACGUCAAUGAAUACUCGGGAACCAGUGUUGGGAUAGUAAUACUCUGCAGAAAUGGGGAAGUAUUUGACCCAUUCUUCAAAAAGUGUCGAAAUAUCGUGUGUGGGUUUUCCGGAUAUGAACCCAGAAACGGUAAGUGUGUAGCGUCAGAAGCGCAGCCGUCAUCAACCAAUGACCAAAACACAGUUUCAACGACCACGAUCAGCGAGACAGACAACGAUUGCUCUACAACCAAUAUAACUCAUAAGAAUGACUGUAUAUCAUCACAUCAAAAUAAAUCCGGAACGAGAUCUGGAUUAUCACCAACUACCACAAACCAGUCGAUUCUCUAUGGAUCUGAUUUUCUCAGUUGUAUCAAGGUUUCUUUUGACGAAGGCGAAUAUAUCUUCUUGAAUAAUCAAAGCAUUUACAUCCCAAAAUACGAUCAUGUGUAUAACAAGUCAUUUUAUGUGGUUCGGAAACGAAGUAUACUCGUGUGCGCAGAUUAUCUGAAUCGAACUUCAGAGCAGGAAAAAAAAUUCUCCAUUUACAUGGGUUAUAUUUCUCUCAUUGGCCUUGGGAUUUCUAUUAUUUGCCUUCUUCUCCAUUUCGUGGUGUUUCUCGUGAUUCCAGAUCUUCAUAACUUUGCGGGACGGAAUCUGUUAUCCCUAGCUUCUGCUCUUUUUUGUGCUUAUUGCUGUUUCAUCAUCGGCCAAUUAAACAUUCUUUCCCCUUUGAAAUGUACUGUUGUCGCUAUCUUGACUUAUUACUUUUUCUUAGCAUCUUUUUUAUGGAUGAAUACACUGGCUUUUGAUGUUUGGAGAACUCUUCGGAUUGCCACACAGGAACUACGUGUUUCGAGUGGCAACAAAUGGCCGAAGUUUAUAGGGUAUUCUCUAUACUCUUGGUUGAGUCCAGUUCUUUUAGUGAUAGUAGCUAUUAUCAUCGAACAGCUCGAGUAUGUACCAGAGAACUACAAACCAGGAUUUGGAAUCUACCAUUGCUGGUUUGGACACAAACGAGCCUUGUCGUUGUUCUUUGCCGCUCCUUUGGGACUGGUGAUGUUGGCUAACGUGAUUUUGUUUGUUUGGAGUGCAAGAAUGAUCGUUACUACAUCAUCUAAUAUAACUGGGAACCAGAUGAAAUCUAACCGAAAGAACUUUCGUUUGUACUCACGAUUAGCUCUUCUAAUGGGUCUUACUUGGAUUAUUGGCCUUCUUGCUGGUUACCUUGAUAAUGAAAUUUUAUGGUACGUAUUUAUUUUCUUAAAUACUCUGCAAGGACUGUUUAUUUUCAUUGCUUUCUCAUGCAUUCCGAAAGUUCGAACAAUUCUCCAAGCAAGAUUCAUUUCUGUUCUUCCAAAAGUAUCAACUUCCAGGAGUCAGAGCAUUAACUCUGGAAUAAGUUCAGGAUUGACUUCGCUAACUGUUGUCACAUCAAAACAACCAUCAAAAUAAUCUACAGAGGGACUUCACACGUUUCAACAACACUCUAACUGUUACUUCGUUGCAUCGAUAAUUUUUUCAGUGAUGACUGUGGGAUCUUUGAAAAUAUUUCUUAAAUAUAGCCUUUUUUUAAAAUUAUUUGCGGUUUAGUAAUUUGUCGAACUUGAUGUACAACGAUACAUACAUACAUCCUAUGUGUAACAAACGUGACCAAUUUUAAAUAUAAUUUUAAGGGAAAUAUUGUGAUAAAUAAAAGUAUUAUGAAAUAAUUUUGUUUCAUUAUUUCUAAAACGUAAACAUUUUAGUCUUAAAUAUGGGACAUUUGAAGAGCUGGUAUUAGAGGUUGCAUUAUUAAAGCUUAUUAACCUCACCACGGCCUACAUUAAUGUAUCUUUUGUUUUCCUCCUAAAAAGUUUAGUAUUUUGUUUGACACCGGAAAAUAUCUUUCUGAAUUUUGUUACAUGUUUUAAACUGUGGAAUUAAUAUAGUGAGGAAAACUAUACUUUUGUUGGUUUUUAACCAUAUGUUUGAUUAUUUUUUUUAAAUUUGAAAUUCUUAAAAUAUCCGUCUUUGUUUUAAUUAUGUAAAGUUGUAUUAUUACUGUCUUUCUGGACUGAAUUGAAAUUAUCCAAGAAAAUUAUCUUUUAGAUUAAAGUGUCACAUUCUGUAAUGAUAAGUUAUAAGAAAACCCAAGGUAGAGAAGGGUUUAUAGAAUGACCAUAUAAAACAGACAAGUAAAACGGAAUAAUGGUUGUUAAAGUAUCUGUUCCAUCAUGGUAUUCAUCAAUAUCCUGUUACAAGUUUUGUUGCCGUUAGAAUGACGCAGAAAGUACAUAAAAACACGAAUCUUUGGAAUAAACCACAAGAGUAUCCCUAAAGAGAACUGAAAAAAUGUUGUUUGUUUUUUGUCGACUUUUUUUAUACAUCUCGGAGAAACUUGAAAGAAGUGUGCGCGCAGUCAAAUAAUUAUUUUGGUACAAGUGAUUUUAUAAAUGCUGUACAUAUUUUAAUUAUAAACUAUGUUUUACUUAAUACGUUCUCGGUGCUCUAACGAAUACAUCGAUUGUGUAAAAUGUUUCCAUAUGAUAUGUUCAAAAAGAUUAUACAUUUGCUUAGUCCUGAAAUAUGAGAAAUUCGUAUACAAUAACAACACAGUCCAUUGUUUGUGUAUGGUCUUCUAAAUAAUUCUAAAAAAGGAUGUUGUAUAUUCUAGAAAAAACAAUAUAAUCUAAAAACUUAAAAUAAUAAAAUUAUUGCUAGUACACUUGAAUGCAAGAAGAACGGAUGUGCUAAACGAAGACGCAAUUACUUAACGUUUCGGAACCACGGAUUGAUGAAUCACAUGAAUCUACAUCAGUUCUCAAAAUGGUAAUUCCUGUUUAUGAUUCAUUGGUUAGUAAACGUCAUGUGAGUGUGCAUCGUCGGGCAGCAUCGUCAUUAGGCAUUUUGCCGUUUCCAUUCUCGUCAUUGUAAAAUACCAUUUUUGAAAUACAUGAAAGCACACCAGUAAAAGUGUUCAACGGUUAUUUUGUCAAAUUAAUUUUUUUAUAUAUGUAUGUCGUACCUAAAGAUGUUAAAUUGUUCAUGUUAUCUCGGCACUCGAUAAGAUUUUAGCGUAUUUUGUUUGUGAAAUAAACAUAUGAAUUUUUCUGCUUUAAUAUUAUUCAAUCUUUUGACUUAAAUUUGUAACAAACUGUAUAGAGGCUAUUUGUCUUUUUGUUUUCUAAAAUUUAGGAUAUUUUUACUGUAGUUUUAGUUUUAGUUUGAAGAGUAAAGUUUUCUAAAAGUAUGAAGAAAUCAAUUAUUUUAUAGUAAUACUCCAGUCAUGUGUAAAUUUUGAAUGAAUUCAUCUUUUAUAUA